GGUUUACUGAGAAAAUGAGCUCUUUGACUAAGCGCGAUUGCAUUAAUGUAUUCCAUAGCGGAUCUAAUUGUUGCGCAAGCAAUUGCUAUGCUCCUCCAACCGGAAACUAUGGUCCCGAUUGCGAUUCUACUGGCGGUGGAGUUACGGGAGCAGACAGUAAUGCCCAAAUUACAUAUUCUCUUACCGUAAGCGCUGCUACUGGAAUUCUUGUUUGUUGUGAAGGAAGAGGUUUCGGUGGUUGGUAUAAUCUAGGAUGUAACGUUAAUGGCGAUAGCUUUGCGACUACUGUACCAUGGGGUCAAAUUAUUGCCACUCCUUCUAUUCACUGCAGAACUAGUGAUCCUAAUUUCCUCGAUUUUGUAACUGUUUCUUAUUUAUGCUGA